CCAAUUAUAAUUUUUAAAAAUGAAAUAAGAAAAAGAAUCCCUCAUUAAAUAUCUCAAAAAAAAAUUGAAACCUUACCUUUCCUCUAUAUAAACAAGUAGCCUCCAAACCUUUCCUCUAUAUAAACAAACAACCUCCAACGGAAACCCAGAAAGCCACCCAUCUAUCUUAAAACUAAGUUAUCAUGUCCACUACCACUUCCACUCUCACCAUGAAACCAACUGAGUUCUUUCAAGAAAUUAUUGGAAGUUCUUACUCAAGAAAAUUACUAUUUCAUACCCAUGAUCAAUCACCAACUCCGGCACCAUCCCCAUAUGUAGGCGAUAACAACUUUGAUGCAAAUGUUGUUAUGGUCCUAUCAGUCCUCUUAUGUGCACUCGUUUGCUCACUUGGACUCAAUUCUAUAAUAAGAUGUGCCUUGAGGUGCUCCAAUUUAGUACCAUCUGAAGCUGGUGACAACCACCCCGUUCGCUUGACCAACACAGGAGUCAAACGAAAAGCCUUGAAGAGUUUCCAGACAGUAAGUUACUCUACUGAACUGAAUCUGCCUGGCUUAGAUACCGAGUGUGCUAUCUGUCUCUCGGAAUUUGUACCCGAAGAGCGUGUGAAGCUGCUUUACAAGCCAAUGAAAAGGUGUUAG